AAUACGGUACAGUCCUGGGCUGGGAUCCAAAUUCAAUGCAGUGAGAAGGCAGGCAGGCAGGCUGUGAAGGGUGGAGGGAAGAGGGGGGGGCGGAAAAAAAGGAUUUUGUUGGUUGCGAAGGACAAAGGCCACUCUGGACGAGAUCUCAACUGCUGGCUUCCGAGGAACCGCGAUGGAGAAAUUGAAGCGGACGGUGGAGCAGGCCCGAGCUGCCUUCAACACGGGCAAAACGCGCCCGUUGGCUUUCCGGAUCCAGCAGCUGAAAGCCUUGAAGAAGAUGGUUCAGGAGAAAGAGAAGGAGUUCUCCACAGCCCUGAAGGCGGAUCUCAACAAGAGUGAAUUAAACAGCUUCAGCUACGAGUUUAUGAUUGUCCUGGGCGAAAUUGACCUGAUGCUGGAGAAGGUUCCCGACUGGGCGAGCCCUCAGGCGGUAGAGAAGACAGUCCUGACCUUGAGUGACAAGACUUACAUCCAUCGGGAGCCCCUGGGAGUGGUCCUGGUCAUCGGGGCAUGGAACUACCCCUUCGUCUUGAUCAUGCAGCCUCUGAUAGCAGCCAUCGCUGCCGGCAAUGCUGUGGUGAUUAAGCCAUCGGAGAUCAGCGAAAACGUAGCCAAGAUGUUUGAAAAGCUGCUCCCUCAAUACCUCGACAAGGAUCUGUAUCCGGUGGUCAAUGGAGGCGUGCCAGAGACGACGGAAUUGCUGAAGCAAAGAUUCGACCACAUCUUCUACACGGGCAACAGCGCCGUUGGCAAAAUUGUGAUGGAAGCCGCCUCCAAGCAUCUGACUCCGUUGCCAGCUCUGCAGGCUGCUGGUGGAUCACAACAUUCAGGUCUACCUGUAAUGCGGAUCCCCGCCCUGAGCAUGGGGCUGGGCUGGAUGACCUCUAGAGAGGCCCUCCCUACUCUUAACCUUCUUGGAUUCUUUAAUCCUUUUAGGCGGAUUACGUGGGGGAAGUACAUGAAUUGUGGCCAGACCUGCAUUGCCCCGGAUUAUAUCCUAUGCAAUCCAUCCAUUCAGAAGACCGUCGUGGAGUUCAUUAAGAAGAACGUCAAGGAAUUCUACGGCGAGAACGUGAAAGAUUCCCCGGAUUACGAGCGGAUUGUGAGCAAGCGUCAUUUCAAGAGACUGAUGGGCCUUUUGGAAGGGCAGAAGGUGGCUUAUGGGGGUGAAACUGAUGAGUCCUCCUGUUUCAUAGCUCCCACAAUCCUGACGGACGUCAAUCCAGAAGCCCCGGUGAUGCAGGAAGAGAUUUUCGGCCCCAUCCUGCCCAUCGUCACAGUGAAGGGGGUGGAGGAAGCCAUCCAGUUCAUCAACCAGCGCGAGAAGCCCCUGGCCCUCUACGUCUUCACCAACAGCAACAAGGUCAUCGAUAAAAUGAUUGCCGAAACCUCCAGCGGCGGAGUGACGGCCAAUGACGUCAUCAUGCACUUUUCCAUUCCAGGUUUACCUUUCGGAGGCGUUGGUAACAGUGGUAUGGGCGCCUACCACGGCCGUUUUGGCUUUGAUACCUUUUCCCAUAAGCGCGCCUGCCUCAUCCGGACAUUCAGGAUGGAAGCCGUCAACAGUAUUCGGUACCCCCCGAACAGCCAGAAGAAAGUGGAUUGGGCUAAAUUCUUCGUCUUGAAGCGGUUCAGCAUGUGGAAGUUCGGCCUCGUCGCCCUCGCGGUGCUGGUCAUAGUGGCCGCCAUUGUGAUCAAGGUGGUACUUUUCUGAAAACGCAAUUCCGCCGAGGCCAUCGCACAACGUGGUGUUAAAAAAAGCUGUUCCAGGCAGUGUUUGUGUGUUUGCGCAUAUAUGUGUGUGUGUCGGGCAGGGUGUUUUUUUCUAACACUUACUUACAAGAGUUAACGCAAUUUCUUCUUAAUCAUUAAACUCUAAACAGGG